AUUGUUUUCUUCACCAAGAAGUCUAGACAAACAGCAUUACGGAUUUAUGCGCUUACCCCUGAGGAGGCAUGUGAGGUCAGAGGUCAUACCAUGACACCUGCUGCUAAAGGGACAUAUGGGCUCCAUUUGAAUGGGGCCAUGGAGUGAUGCAGUCUGCAGGGGUCCUUUGACUCAAAACACAGUCCCUUUGCCACCUCUUUUCACCCUGGAGCAGGCUGUGUCAGCUGUAUGCAAAUUUUUACAGGGCAGUGAAUGUGCUGGCUCAGCGACGAAGACGAGCAGUCAGCUCUAUGUCCAGGCAUCAAAAAGUGAAAAGCCCAUAAUUAUUUAGAAGAAUACUCAUGUUAUUGAUUGAUGAUAGUUGAACACUGUAGCACAGAAUUAUUGGCUGCAGACAAAAAUAAAAUGGAAAAUAGAGCUACCUCUAGUCUUGCCUAACCUCGUUUUUCAAAUGGGGGCGCCUAGUUGAAGCAGUAGACUACCUGGUAUCUUUGUUACGUUUUAAUUGUUACGGGGUGGGAGACAUGGCAUAUGGACUUGGUAUUGUAACCCCUAGGCCUCUCAAACCCAUCUGUUACUUAUCCCCAAGGAUGCUCUAAGUUAAAUCAAUGCCACACUACUAUCAGUGCUUAAUCUUGAGGGCAAUACUAGUAUAAGACUAGGCUGUAGGCCUAUGUUUUACAAAUUGCAAUUCAUGUUUACAUCACCAUUGAAGUUUGCAAGUUUUCUGUGUUACAUUGUGUAUAGUUUAAUGGCAUAUUUAUUAUUAGCGUAUGAUAUGAGACAUUAUCUCGGUAUCUACCCUACAUGCCCCCUGAAUCAGUUCUGGCAGUGGGACGUCCGUUUGUCGUGCAUAACCCGCCUCUGCUGCAAUUUCAUUGGUGAGGCUGCCCUUAAGUGUCCAUGUCCUGUGUGCAUGAAUGAGGCGAUUGGCUGCGGUGUUGUGUGACUCCAGAUCAGUACGACCUGUCUGUUGAAACGUGCCAUGGUGUGAAGCGGAUCAUUUCCAUGGACCAUCUGCUCAGCGUUUACCCCUACAACAAAGAAAGGACCCAGGAUGGUGUUAGUGCAUGUUGGAUAUCUGGUUCUCCCCGUCUUCGGCUCAGUUAGAAACAGAGGAGCACACUUUACCAGGCAUCAACACAGCCAUGCUACCUCCUGCCGACAUUUUCACCUGGGUGCUCCGCAGGCACCACUAUCAGCUGACUUUCCUCUAGGACAUGCUAGUCAGGCUCCACAAACGACUCUGGCCCCCCACCUGCCCCCUGCGCACCAUCCGCCCCUCACUGCCCUCCCAGCGGCGCCUCAGUUCCAGGAUGUGCCUGGCCCCCCCUUUCUACCUCAGGCUUUACACCAGCAAUACCUCAUCCAACAGCAGCUUCUGGAGGCUCAACAUCGAAGGAUCGUUCCACACUCCAGAAGAAAUCAGGAACGCAUUUCUAUGAAUCCUCACCGAUUGCGUGCAGGCUACGAGUACUCCUCACCUCUCCAUAUGUCCCAGACUGUCCCACAGCAGCCACGUUAUCUGGCAGAAGGCACUGACUGGGAUCUCAGUGUAGAUGCUGGCACCCCACACCAUCAGUAUCCGUUGCAGCAGAUGCCACAGCACUAUCAGCAUUACCUUGCCUCCCCACGUCUGCACCACUAUCCUAGAAAUACAUCAUCUGCACAAGUGGUUGUACAUGAAAUUAGAAACUACCCCUAUCCCCAGCUGCACCUAUUAGCACUACAAAGUCUUAAUCCUUCAAGGCAUGUCACUGCAGUACGGGAAAGUUAUGAGGAGUUGUUGCAGCUCGAGGACAGACUGGGGAGCGUCAGCCGAGGAGCUGUUCAGACAACAAUUGAGAGAUUUACCAUUCCUCACAAAUACAAAAAGAGGAAACCCAUGCAGCUACGGAUUGACGAAGAGUCUGAUGUGGAUGAGAAAUGCACAAUUUGUUUGUCUAUGCUUGAAGAUGGAGAGGAUGUCAGGAGAUUGCCAUGUAUGCACCUCUUCCACCAAGGCUGUGUGGAUCAGUGGUUGGCCACAAGCAGGAAGUGUCCCAUCUGUCGAGUUGACAUCGAAACACAGCUGAAUGCUGACAGCUGAUAGACAGACACCCAUUUGUCAAUCACCUUGUGUGCUUCUCACUUUCUUCCGCCCCCAUGUGGGUGCUUUGCCAAAUGUCUCCAGACUGUUUGUGACAUCAUCAUGACAUUAAACUGAGCCAAGCUGACAUACUAACUGCAUGAGAGGACCCCUGCGUACUCUCUCCUCUAUAAGCACAUCUCCUUGGAAGAAGAAGUCGUAAACACAUACUCAUAUGUUCACAGGGCUUACUAGUAGCUUGCUGGUCAAAAGUGGGGUGUUGUGACUGUUGUGGUGUUGUUCCUUAGGUAGCCCUGGGCUGUGUAGCAUGUCCUUAAAGCCAUGACUUUGUGUCCUGUGAGUGGUUAGUACAUAACCCCACACUAAGCUCUCUCUUCUAAUUAUAUAUAUUAAAAUUUUUAGAAAUACCUUUCAUGUGAAUAAUCUGCCACACAGGAAAGUUUAUAAGCUCAUAUGUUCUAAUGCUGUUUACCUAGUUAACCUUUGUAGUCGUAGUAGAGUAGCAGUAAUAAAUAAGUAAUGUCCGGUGCAGUGGGAAGGGUACCAUUUUAGUGUUAAAUCUCUCAUGCAGCUUUGAAAUUUUGCAUAAAAAGCCUAAACUUUGCGAACGAAAGAGAGCAGCCCUUGCACCUGGAUCUUUAUCUGCCACAAGCAGCAGCACGGUCUAAACUUUAUGCUUCUUUUAUGGUGAUGGUGGAGGCUGUUAAUAUUGCAUCUUUCAACCUAACAGAUACAGUGGGCAUUGCAUGAGUUAAUCUUGAGCUCUCACAGAACAAAAUGUGUCUGUGACAUUUACUUUUACUGUCAUGUCUGCUCUGAUUUGAUGGCAGUAAGAGGAUACUUUUUUAUGUUUACCUAAAUUCCUACUGAAAAAGCACACGUGGUAAGGGUUAGUUUUUCUCUCUGUGUUGAAUUUGGAUUGGUUGAUAAUUAGGUUUAGACUCUGAAGUGUUUCAAGCAGUAUUUCAAGAGCAAUCUAGUGUAUUGAUUUUGUGUAUUCAUGUGACAGACCUACCCUUGUGGUUGCUAUGCUGGUUGCUAUGCUGUUUAGCUAGGACAUGUAGUCUGUUUUGCAAUCGAGGCAGUCUCCCUCUCUCAGUGCACACAGGCAUGAGGCAAUACACCAACAAAAUACACCUAAAAAAAUUAUGGCAUAAUUUUUUGUAAUUACUCAUAGGAUCAGGGCUUAAGAAUGAUGGUAAGGCCUUCACUAUCCUAUGUGCUGUGAUUGGAUUUAAACACCCUUUCUGAGAGCCUGUUGGCCAUAUGAUUCAAUAUGAAGUUAUUCCCCUCUGCCUUGUGCAUUGCCAGUGCUUAUACUGCCUCCACAAGCAUUGAAGUCACCAGUAAUAAAGUGUUAUAGUUUACACAGGGUGUUGUCAGUUGAGAUGCCUUAAAUAUUUAACAAUCAUAACUUAACUGUAGAAAUUGUGAGUAUGUAUUUAAUUUUAGUUUUGGGGCAGUUGACUCAUAUCUUAUUUAUUUACAGAUAACAUAAAAUGCUAUGAAAAAAACAAUUACCUCAUUUUUGCAUAGUUUUAAAUGGGAAUGUUUUGCAUGCAGUGGUACUUUAUGAAACACAAAAGCUCAAGAACAACCCUGAUGUUUGAUCUUUUCCAGCUGGCGGUGUGAUGUUUACUGUCCAUGCCUGAGCUACUGAGCCAAUCUGUCUGUCACCACUCAUGCGGUGCUGUGGAUGUAUGCUACAUUCCAAUCAAUGCAUUUGCUCUAAUACCCCAUGCUGUGAUGUAGUCGACAAACUGCAAUGAAGUGAGCUGGUUUUUAAUUUAUAAUUCUUAUUUUUUGCACUAACUGUUCAAAUAUGGGAACCCUCUCACUGGCCAACAGUACUUACAACAUUCAACUUUUGUGUGUUUUUGUAUGCUCCAGUUUUGUUACAAUGCACUAUGUUUAAACAAUAAUCAUAAGAUAUAUAUUCAUUCUUUGCUAUUUGGUAACUUAAGUGGAACAAGUGCCUCGCUUUAAGUGUUAACAUUAAUACAAUCAACCCAUGAAGCCACCAUUGCCUUAUUAGUUGCGUGAUUAAAUGAAAGGGUGAAGAAGGUGCUACUACAUUUGACAGGUCUCCAAAAGCCAUUGGAAAUUCUAAACACUAUAUCCUCUGCCAUACUUAUUUUUUGUCUUGUUUAUUUAUCCAUUUGCUUCUUUGCUCACAACUCAUUAUUGUUUUCCAUACAAUGGAGGAUUUCAAAGCACAACUUUUUGGAAAAUGCAUGUCUCAGGUGUCAGUACAUUACUGUCUGUUUGGUUUAAUAGUAUAUGGUGAGCUACAAACCACAUGUAAAGACAAUUAUUGCUGCUUGAAUAUUAAAAUCGAAGAGAAAAUAUCCCAAAAAAGUGCCAGUGAAAGGGCUGCCGUCAUCCUUGUACGAAAAUCUGAUGUUUAGCUGUGACUGAGCAGUGUUUUUCAAUAUAGGAUAUUUAUCUGAAAAUAGAACUAUUUAUAAUUAAUAUUAAAGCAAUAUAGCAUUAAUAGUAUGUUGUUGAUGAAAUGAAUGGGCAUAUUGUGAGUAAAUAUUAGAUUUACAUA